GUUUACACUUUCCGAAAGGAGGGGAGAGGGAGCGAAUAGGGAACGAGUAGGGAACCUAAAACGUCAGCAUCAAUAAUCGAUACCCGGGAAUUGAAGGAGUGAAUAGAGCAGAGGACAGUCGUUGUGGAUACUGCCGCUGCGCUAAAACAUUCCAGCAGCUCAAUCAUUCCAUUAUCGCGUUGCAGUUUUGCGUAAAACCGCAUACCUUCUGACUGACACUAGCAGAUAGAGGGUUAGCUCACAGGUUGCAUAAGUCUUAUUAUUAUUGAACAAUACGGGAGUAGUGGGAGCAGUGAAAAUAACAGAGAAGGAUAAUAUCUGUAGAGAAGAGGCAACACUAGGUUACAGUUUUCUUUGUUGAGUUCCUCUGCAAAACUAAAGGCUAAAAGAUGUCUAAACCAAAUUACACAGGAACCUUUCACAUGGUGUCUCAAGAUAACUUCGAGAACUACCUCGCAGCUUUGGAUAUUAAUUUUGCCCUGCGGAAGAUAGUGUGUAUGUUGAAGCCCACUAAACAGAUAGUCCACGACCCGGCCACGGGCAGUAUGAAGAUCCGCACAUUGACCACCUUUAAGGACUUUGAUAUGGAUUUCAAACUGGGUCAGGUCUUCACCGAGGACCUGGGACCUGUGGAUGGACGAGUCUGUCAGACCACUGUGUGUGUUAACCCUGUUUUUAGACCACAGUGGACUGGGAGGGUGAUAAGCUGGUGUGUGUUCAGAGAGGAGAGAAGGAGGGAAGAGGAUGGACACACUGGCUGGAGGGAGACAAGCUACACCUGGAGAUGAGAGUUGGAGAUGUGGUCGCCAGGCAACUCUUCAAGAAGGCAGACUGAAACCACUGGGAAGGAUCCCGUUCAUCAACUCAAUUUUCAUGAUUCUCAUUAGAAAAGUCUAGGACUUGAUAUAUAAGUGUCAAAGUUUUUUAAAAUAUGAUCAUCAUUGUUUUAAAAACCAUUACUUAAUGGACAACUUUUAACAUUUAAGAUAUUUUUAAUUAGUGUGCUAUUACACUGUGGGAAAGAUUGUCAAUGAUCAGUUUUGAAUGUUGUCAUGGUACAGUGCAGGGUGAACUGUGUAAACAUUCCCAAUGUGUUUCCUCAUAUAUCACUACGAUAGUUCCCAAUGCCAUUGAAUGUUCCCCUUUGUGUUGAAUGUGGCUGUUCUGUGUCCAAAUAUACCACCUGAUGCUCCACACUACAAAUACAGAUGUUGCCUCUUUA